AUGUCUUGUGUCCUCACCACAGGCGGGAGCUGCUACGAGCUGGUCAAGACGAGAGAGAGGAUCGACCGUCGGUUCAUCAUCCGUGGCAAAGUUCUGCGGACUCGCGACAGACGAGAGUGCGAAGUUGAAUGCGACAGAGAGCGAGGUUGUCUUGGCUUCAAUUACAGGUUCAAGACCCACGGAUUCGAGCAGUACCGAGAAAACUGCGAGUUAAGCAGCCAAGGUGCCACCAACUCUUACGACUUUACCAGAGAUGAAGACUUUGACUUCUACGAGAAGAAAACUCGCGACUGCUACAGCUCCGCACUCGGUAUUGGUGGCGGGGGCGGCAGUGGCAGCAGUGGCGGCAGUGGCAGCAGUGGAGGCAGUUUCGGCGGCAGUGGUGGCAGUUUCGGCGGCGGCAUCGAUGGCGGAAGGAAUGAGUGCUUCCGGUUGGUGGAAAUGGAGAUAGCACUAGAGGGUCGCGUCGUCCGUGAUAGCUGGACUGCGGCCGAUAUCCGGGAGUGUGAGGAAAGGUGCGAGCGCUCUAGGCUCUUCACCUGCAAGUCUUUCUCGUUCAGUUUCUUUAUUGGUGCAAGUGAAGAAACUAGAGGAUACUGGGAUGUACGGCAGGUGGUAGUGAAGGGGAGGUGCUGUCGUUGGGACUCAAGAAGCACGAACGCUCCAUCCAAGCACAACCUCCACUACAACCUGAUCCAUCAGAAGGAUUCCGAUUUCUACGAGCGACGCAUCUACGACAGGGAGUGCAGCGUUGACGAUGGUGACUAUGAGAACCAGUACUCCCCUGGGGAAGGAAUGGCGGUAGUGACGGGAGUCCGCUGUUACCGCGACCACUGCAGGAUGCACCGUCAGGGUGGCUACUACUUCUGCGAGGUCGACCACACCGGCGCUUGGGACUACUGCUGUAGGCCACGCCAGCGGUGUGGUUAUUCUGAAGACUACCCGACCCCAUGGUGCUAUGUAGGUCGAGUGGGACGUGAUCAGUGGAGGCCCUGCAACUAUCAAGGACGACUUCGAGAAUAUUUACACGAGGGUCCGCACCCUGAUGCGGACGACAACUUUACCACUGAGAUCCCAGUGACUACUACCCUCAUCGAACUUCUCGAUCUGAAUCUAGGAUAAACUACCCUUGAAGUACCGUGUCUCAAAUCCUUGUGGAAGCUGCAACCACAGGUGAUAAUGUUUCUCAUCUGCUCAUGUGAUAAAUUUCCUAUGUUUGGCGAAAGUGCCAAACUAAUUAGAGGAUUUCGUUCCAGAUUCUAAGUAAGGAUACUAACGUGGAAUCUCUAUAUAUAACAGAAAUUUCAAAGGUCUUUGACCACAAAAAACUACUUUGAAGAUUUUACAGUGACGUGAAAACAAAUAAAUGAAAACCACUAUAUAACAAGAUAAAGAAUCCGUAUCAUUAGGCAGUGUCCCAUAAUUUCAGGUGAAGAGGCCGUUUGAGAUUCUGUAAAGAUACAUUAAUUUGUGUAAAAGAAGUUGAUUGGGGUUCACGCUUACAUGACGUAUUGGUUACUCAGUAUCUUUAUAUUCUGCAUUCCAACACAACAUAGAUAGAAAUAUGUUAUACGUUCGCUUUGCUCUCUUCACCUUUCCAUCGGCUACCACACUGAUUCCUUUAGAUUAUUUUUGUUUACAGUUCAAACACUAGAAAUUACUGACCAGACAGCAACGCUAGCUGAAUGUUGUGCUCUGGUCACCACGAGUUCUGUGUUGAUACGCUUAACUCCAACCUUGAUCCAUGAGGAUGACUGGCACCAGUGGGAAGAUUUGACGUUGAGAGUGUCUGACACCAGUUUGGGUUCUUGAUAAUGUCUGACACCAGUAUGUUCUUCUGAGGACACAAAGCUACGAUUUUCUGGUGCCUCCUCUUACUGCUCGUAUUCACUAUAUAUGUAACGGAUAGGUCAAAUAGUAUUCUUUUUUGAAAUGAGGUAGAAUUCAUUAACAGUGCAGCAGUUUCUUAUCCUUACUACGAAUAUUUACUUUUUCAUAGCUCUUCAAGGUAUUAAAAAUUUGAAACGACGAAAAGCCCAGAGCUGCCCAGAGUUGCCCAGGUUCUGCCAGACGAAAGGGAUUUGUUUGUUGUUGUUUGUAAAGGACGAGAUGUAGCGGUUGUGUUCUAGCUGUACAGGAGGUCAGUAACAUUCCUGUGGAGCAGUAGUGCCAACAACCUUGCAUAUCCUCCACACCUUCCAGCCUUAAUACCUCUAACACACACACGCACACACACAAACACAUACGCAGUGAAAAAAUAGUAACAUAAUAUAAUUCGCGGUUUUCAGACAUUGUAUUAAAUAAUUUAAAAAUAUAUAGACAAAUUAAGCACGCCUGUGACUGCUAGAGGGUAUUAUUCCUCAUAUAAUCAUGGUAAAGUGCUAAACCAGUAAGGAUCAUAUAGUCCAGGAGACCUUCAACAUUAUAAAGACUCCCUGCUUGAAGACGAACUUAUAACCAGAUAAGCUUUUAACGUUUGACGAAAUAUUCUUCCCCGCGGCUCUCUCUGUUAAGAAUUAUAACUGUAAACGGAUAUUUUCGGUGGUUCCCCAGUGACGUAUGUACGUUACCAGUAGAUGUCUUCUUCACAGGAGUGAUCACAGUAGUGUGGUUCUCCAGUGACCUGUGCAUCACCAACAAACGUCUCCUUCACAGGAGUGCUCACAGUAGAAUCAGUUUGCAAAGAAAAACCAAUUUAAUAAUGGUCCAUUAAGGGCCGAUACGCUAUUUAGGAUUUCCUCCCUUAAGUUUGCGUUAUUUGUGAAUUGUUCCAGCCACGGCAUUGUGACUUAUUCUUCUUGAAAAUGGUGUUCAUAGCCAUGCCACAGGGAAUGUAAAACCAAAGUCAAAACAUGGUUAGAGCAAGGUCAGUUCGAAAGGCAAAUAACACUUAUCUACAAAAUAUGAUCUCGGUUAGUGUUCAUAGCAAUGAAGAAAACUGAGAGUAUGACAGGAACACAGUAUUAAGGUCAGUGUUGGUGUGAAUCAUAUCCCCCACAACCCGACCGUGCUUUCCCCUAGUAUUCUGCUCCUCCCUUCUUACUAUGCUGGUGCACCACACACUACUACUUAACGUAGUUCAGAUGCGCGCAAAGCUUUAUUUCAAAGAGAUGUUGCA